AUGUGUUCUUCGAUUGGUCAUGAGAAUUUGACAUGGAAGUUUAUUCCAGCCGGCACACCUCAUAUGGGAGGCCUAUGGGAAGCUGGUGUCAAGAGUUUCAAACUCCAUUUUAGGAAAGAAGUUAAAGAUUGUAAAUUCACCUUCGAAGAACUAUCGACAAUUUUGGCUAGGAUCGAAGCUUGUCUAAAUUCUCGACCCUUGUGUCCCAUGCCGGACAAUCCAAGCGAACCUAUUGCGCUCACACCGGGCCAUUUUUUAAUAGGUUCUGCAAUACUGGCAUCGCCAGAACCGACAAUUUAUGAAAGUUCGAUUAGUAUUGUAAAUCGAUAUCGGAAAUUGAAAGCACUUAUUCAUCAAUUUUGCAAAAGAUGGAAAGAGGAAUAUUUAGUUACUUUGCACAAAAGAUAUAAAUGGCAACAUCCUCAAAGAGAUGUACAUAAGUCUAAAUGA